AUGUACAUGAUGGACCUCGUAGAGGACCACUGGCCUGAUCUGCAACAGGUCCACAGGCGUAGCGUUCACUUACUUAUUAGAGGAGUUAUUGGGCCGGUGUCUGUCGUAGCUACCGUGGGGGUAGAGCAACAAUCAAGUACAUUGCAAAGAGAAGAUCAAGUUAUUGAUAUUGUUAGCCGCUUCAAGAAAUCUUGGAUCGAGUAUUUUAGUUCCCUCAAUGACUCCAGCGCUGCUGCUGCCAACCCCGACCGUUUUGCAGAACAGCAAUGGGGGAAGAAUUAUAUGCUCAACGGGCGUCCCCAUACACACACCGGACCCCCUAUUGUUUUGUAUCACCCGGUAUUCGGCAACUUCCUCACAAAUCUGAAAUCUUCCAACCAACUCAGCCCAAAAUUCCACGAUAGUAUUUUUGAGUAUUUCUGGGCUUCGCAGCGCAUCUAUCACGCCGAGGCAGGCAGCCGGGCUAGUAACCAAGAUGAAAAUACCCGAACCAUCCUGGAGGAUCUUUUAGGUAAACUGUGGCGAGUGACAGAGGAUGGCCCUAAUCCGGACGCGGUUACCAUCGGUUCCAAUGGUGGUGCCUGCUUAUUCAUCGAAAUGAAAGACGAGAUUGGGACUGGUGGAAGUGAUCCAUCCAUCCAAACAGCCUACUCAUAUAGCCGAUUUUGGAGAAACUCCCAGUUGAAGGAUCGUUGCUGCUGCCCGUCAAUUUUGAUUGCUAUUGCGGGACCCUGGAUGUGUGUGCUGGGCGCCGUGUUGUUGGAUCGCCCCGUCGUACAACCGAUGACCGAUUACAUCUGGGUAGGCAUUAACCCCAGUAGGCCGCUGGAUGUAGUAUCCGUGGCUCGUGUGUUCGACUCCAUCCUUAUGGCCCGAAAGGAACUCGAAGUGUACUAUGCCAAGCUUACUUCAACUAGUUCCAUGGACUCAUUGAACCCGAAACCCUUUGUUGCGCCGUUUUUCCCCUAUCCCAACCAUUUCAUCGGUGAAGGCGGGAACCGUAUCAAGUUCACUUAUAAGGGAUACCUGAACCGCUUGAGCGUCAAAAAUUUGCAGCUGGGACCUUCCAAGUCACAAUUAAUCCCCAGCAAACUUGUAUUCCUUGCAGAAUGUUUUGGGACUGACCCGACCACGUCGAUUGUUGUCAAAUUUGUCGAAAGCUACAAUGCCAAUGCCCACAAGCUCUUGGCAGAGGCUGGUCUUGCUCCACAACUAUUAUACGAUGGGGUCGCAAAUGCUAAUGAAAACGUCCAACUUGGGCCCGACUACCGAAUGAUUGUUAUGGAAUACAUUGCUGGAGUCGAUCUUGGACGCUACACUGGUUCAACCCUCCCCCGGUGUGUUUCCGCAGAUGUUGACCGCGCGGUAUCCCUUCUACAUAACAGUAACUUUGUAUUUGGAGACCCGCGGCCUCCUAAUGUUAUGCUCGUGAAGGAUGUCGCUGGGGCAGUUGUAGGAGCCAAACUCAUAGACUUUGAUUGGUGCGGCAAACACCAGGAGGAGCGAUACCCAUUUAGCAUGAAUACGGAGAUUGAUUGGGCUAGUGGGGUGGGUCCAGGGGCGUUGUUGGACAAAGUUCACGAUAUCGACAUGAAGAAUAGGUUAUUUGCUUUGUACGAGGUAGAUAACACAGGAAGCCAUGGGUGA